AUGAAGCCUACGGACGUUCAAUUCGUCAUUGGACUAUCCGGCUACUUUGUCAAAGAUCUCGAGGCAGUUCGCCAGAGUCCAGCGUACGACCCUUUGAGGGACAACAUCUCGCCACGCACACCUGGUUUCCGAAGCGUCGUACAAGCUGGGCAAGUUAUUUCAAUCAUACUGCAUCUUCCUUGCGGCGAGAUCGCAGUAGGAGACUGCGUUGAUGUCAUUUUUUCCGGUGCUGCAUCGCGAGACUCCCUCUUCAUUGCAGAAGAGCACCUCCCUAUCCUCGAGGCCGUGGUGAAGCCCUGGCUGCUGAGUUGCGACAUCUCGAAUUUCCGACAGAACGCGAAAUGGGUUGACUUGCCCUGGAAGCAAUUGCAGAAUUGCAAGCUCCACUCCGCAGUCCGGUAUGGUCUCACGCAAGCGCUCCUUGCAGCCACCGCACUGGCUCAGCGCCGUACAAUCGCCGAGGUGAUAUGUCGCGAGUGGAGACUCGCCUCAAUUUCAGAUCAUCCCGUUGAUAUUCUCGCGUCCUGCCACCGCAAUGACACGCUUCAGCUGGACCGAAUGAUCAUGAAAAAGGCGCCGAUGCUCCCUCACGCCUCGUUUGUGCAUGUCUCCGAUAUAGGUCCCCGGGGUACAGUAUUGAUGGACUACGUGAGCACCGUCGCUCGUCGGAUCCAGGAACGCGCUCCACCAGGCUACCACCCCCGUCUUCAUUUCGAUGUCUACGGUACCCUAGGAGAUGUCUUUCCGGAGACAUCGAGGCUUGCUGAUUUUCUAGGCCAGCUACGUCAGCGCGCCCGACCCUACGCCCUCCUCAUCGAAUCACCCAUCAUUGCGUCCUCCAAAUCGGCGCAGAUCCAGCGACUGGGGGACCUCCGUGCUUGCCUAAAACGCAAAGACAUUGAUGUCAAGAUCGUCGCGGAUGAAUGGUGCAAUACGCUGCAGGACAUAAAGGAUUUUGCGGAUGCGGAUGCGGUCGAUUACGUGCAGAUCAAAACGCCUGAUCUUGGCGGGGUCGAUCAGAGUAUUGAUGCGGUGCUGUACUGCCACAACAAGAAGAUCGGGUGCUGUUUGGGAGGAUCUGCGAAUGAGACGGACGUGUCCGCUCGCAUCACGGCGCAUGUGGCGUUGGCGACGAGGCCGGAUUUCUUGCUGUCCAAGCCAGGGAUAGGCGCCGAUGAGGGGUUGAUGAUCCUUACGAAUGAGAUGCUGCGGGGGAUUGCGUUGGCGAAGAAAGCGCAUUGUAGAUUGUAG